AUAGUAGUAGUGCGGAAGUGUCAAAGACAUGUCAGCUAACACGCCCAUGUGAAGUUGUGCAGCUGUUGCUAUCGACUAAAAAUCUACUACCAAGAGGCAAGAGAGCCGAAACAUUCUCUCGGAAACAAUUUCGCCGGAUGUAGCACUCCUGUAUUUAAAUAUUAGGUCUAAGAAUGGCGUCCAAAGCUGUUUAUUUGCAUAGAGAUCCUAUGCUGAAGAAACGAGAUGACUUUGAAGACAUUCUGGAGGAGAGGAGACACUCCAGUGACCUGAGAUACGCCCUCAAAUGUUACACUCCUGUCCUGUAUAAAGGAUUAUCUCCCUGCAGAGCCAGUGAGCUCAAGAGCAUGGUGCUGCUGUCUGAUCAGCUGCAAUAUGUCAUCAAUCAGGUUUCCAAAGAGAUGGGUAGGACAGCAGAAGAGGUCCAGGCGGAGGCGUCGACCAUCUUAGAUGAGAUGGCUCACCGUUUACAAAUCAGCACAGUUCGCUUCUUCGCCUUCACUCUCAGCAAAAUCUUUAAAACCUUAUUCCGGAGCAUCUGUGUCAACGAGGAAGGCAUUCAGAGACUCCAGCAGGCCAUCCACGAACACCCUGUGAUCCUUCUACCGAGUCACCGCAGCUACAUGGACUUCCUGCUGAUGUCAUACGUCCUGUACACAUAUGAUCUGUCUGUGCCAGUCAUUGCAGCCGGCAUGGACUUCAUGGGGAUGAAGAUUGUCGGGGAGAUGCUGCGAAUGUCUGGAGCUUUUUUUAUUCGUAGGUCGUUUGGUGGAGACAAGCUGUACUGGGCGGUUUUCUCUGAGUAUGUUCAGAUCAUGGUGAAGAGUGGAUUUGCACCUGUUGAAUUUUUCUUGGAGGGCACCAGAAGCCGAACGGCCAAAUCUUUAACUCCAAAAUUAGGUCUGCUGAACAUCGUCAUAGAUCCAUUCCUUAAAGGGGAGGUGUUUGACAUAAGUCUGGUUCCGGUCAGCAUCAGCUAUGAGAGAGUUCUGGAGGAGGCGCUUUAUGCCAGGGAGCUGCUGGGCGUACCGAAGCCCAAAGAGUCCACCUCAGGUUUGUUUAAAGCCAGGAAAGUCCUGAGUGAAGACUACGGCAGCAUUCACAUUUAUUUUGGUCAACCCGUGUCUGUCAGAGCAUUAGCUGAAGGCAAAGUUAACCGCUGCCAGUUCAACCUGACGCCGAGACACAUCCCCAGGAAGCCCGGGGAGGAAAUCCAAAGCUUUGUCAACGACUUGGCCUACAGGCUGGUCCGAUCUCAGGAAGAGAACAUGGUCCUGACGCCAUGGGUCCUUCUAGCCUUCUUGCUGCUCCAGAACCAGGCUGUGGGGAACGAGCGGGGGAUGUCGUUGGAUGAGCUGACCGAACAAGCUGCGUGGGUCCGAGACCUCUCCCGGCAGUUUGGGGCUUUCCUUCACUGGCCUGACCAGCUUCCUCCCUCCAAGGUGGUCUCCUCUAGUCUCUCACUUCACCGAGGUCUGGUGAGGAUCUCCGAUGGACGAGUCCAGCUGGCUUUAGGUCAAGAGAUGCCCCACAGCGCCAUGACAUCAGAGGAGGAGCUCUUGAACCGGGCGGUCGUCAUCCUCUCCUGUGCCUCCUACAGGAACCAGGCGCUUCACCUCUUCAUCCGGCCGGCGCUGCUCGCCGCGGCCAUCCAGGCAGCGUCUUCUAACAAGAAACAGGAGGUUUACAACAGCUUCAGCUUUCUGUGGAACAUGUUUUCCAAUGAGUUCAUCCUCUGUCCAGGUGCUGCUGUGCAGGACUUUGAGGAGGCCUGUUACCUGCUGGUGAAGAGUGGCGCUCUGCAGAUAAGCCAGCAGGAGAUUCUGGUUUCAGGGAGAGGACACAGGACACUCGCCUUCCUCGCAAAUAUCCUAGAUCCCUUUUUAGAAGGAUAUCAGAUGGUGUGCAGGUUUCUCUAUGAGGCCACAGAGGGUCUGACGGAGAAGCAGUUUGUUCCUGCUGUCCGCAAGUUCAUCAUCAAACAUCUCCUAACAGGGAGACUGAGAUAUGCUGAAGUGUUGUCGUCGGACCUCCAGAAGAACGCUCUGGCAGCUUUGCUGAGGCUUGGAGCUGUACAGAAGCUCAAAGGAGGAGAGGAGCAGGGAGCUUUAAAGGUCAACAAGGUGAUGGUGAACUCUCUGGAAGACACUCUGGGAGGAAAGCUGCCCACUCAGAAGGCUCUCGUCGCUCGACUCUAAUCCCGACUCGAUGAGGUGGACAGUCUGUGCAGCAUGGAGCGGUACCAGGUGUCCCUGUGAUCCAAAAAGGCGGGACAACCUCACUCCUGCUUGUGAGAAAUGGGACAAAAGAGCUGCAUCUGGAGGCAACUUGACCCGUCUCACACCCUUAACGAGUCUUUUUUGUAAACCCGUGUUAACGCUGACGAUGGCUGAAGCCUGUAAGCUCUACAUAAGACACUUGUCGGAACUUCUGAAUGGACCUUUUUCUAUUUCUUCUGUGUUCUCUAACACUCAGACAGGCUUUUGUUGUCUCUGCUCGUCCAUCUGUUUGGAUUCUUUGGAGCACUUUUAUGAAUUUUUUCCUGCAGUGUGGUGUGGACCUAUAACUUAUAAAGCAGCAUUUUUUUUAUGAUUAAGUGGAAAAAUCCCAAAUAUUCACCAUCUUACCUUCGCUUUGUUACAUCUAUAUUUUAGUUCUGCCCAGAUUGAUGAGCUAACCACUAGUCUUUGACACAAUACUAAUGUAGAUCUUUACUCAACUCCAAAUUCCGUCAUGUUAAUGCAGUUUAUACAUAAAUUAGACAUGCACAAUGCAAAAACGUUGCCUUGCAGUAACUUGCAUCAAAUUGUUUUGCUAGUAAAUUCAUGUAGCAGCUGCAGCUAGCUGUGGCACUUCCUGAGCCUGGAGCACUUCCUGUCGGAGUCUCUUAAUAUUUCUGCUCAAAUGAGAAAUAAUCUGUCUAUGAAUUGACAAAAGCAUGAACCUCAAUGGCUUUUUCCUGCUAAGUUUUAAGGACUUGGUCCAAUUCAGACUAGCAUUAGCUCAUCUCUCUGCUUUAAACUCGCCUGUUUCUCUAAACCUGUAAGAGUUUAGGAUGUUAAAUGUUCAUUAGCUUUCCACAGAAACUAUUUAUUAAUAAUUUUAUUUUAAAGGAAGCCGGUUCUAGCGUGCAACCCCCUCCCAUCAGGUCUAAUCCCAGAUUCAGCAAGUUGCCAGUGCCGACACGUCGCCAAAGGAAUGCUUUGUUUAAUAUUGUUAGUAUGAUUUUCUCAUGUUGUCAGUCCAAAUGUAGUUAUUUAGACUUUUUUAGAAAGUAGAAAAUGCUCAACUUUUGCUGCAAGGAAAGCGCUUAAAAACCCAAUAAUAUAAAAAGUACAAAGGCAGGAGAUUUGACUUUUAACACUCAGGAAUUCACAUUUGGAGUGAAAGUGUGAAAAUCUUUCCUUAUUAAGGUUAUUAAGUUCAAACUAGAUUAGAUUACGGUUAUUUUUUGUUGUUACUGAAACGAGUCGAGCUGCUUCGUUUGUUGAGUAAACAUCACAUUUAACUCGGAGGCAAAACAAGGUCAAAACGCCGGCAACCCUCCAGGCCGUGUUACCUCACACUCACAGUUCAUUAAUAUUUUAACCACAGGAAUUCUGGGUCUAGUGUCUUUAUUUUCUCACAAAUCAGCACCUCAGUCCUACUUAAAGGCCUACUUAUGUUUAACAUUUGGGAAAAUCUCCGUUUUUAUUGAGAAAUCUGUGUAGAACAGUAGAAAAUGUCUGUUACAUGUAUUAAGUGUGAACCAGAACGUUGAUAUGAAACAAUAAUUAUUACAAUGUCCUGAAGGCCAAUGUUUUCAUACAUCUGUUUAUUAAGACAAAAUUGGUCCUUUGGAGAAUCUCCCUUCAUCUUCAAUGAAAACAAAUACAACUGUUUUUUAUUUCCAUUUGAGGUAAAUAAAAAUUUGGCAAUUUUGAGUCUAAAAUGUAAGAUUUUUGACUUUCGAACUAAAAUGAGCCUCAAGCUCAUAAAUAAAUGAGAAAAAAGCCACUGGUAACAAAAUCUCAUCCACGUUGUAGUAAAGUUAGUGUUGGAGAAGGAAAUGAACAUCAGGACAAGGAUAAACUAAAGAGAGGCUCGUGUAGCUUCAGUUAAAAGGAAAACUGAACUCUUUGAUUAGUUUUUGAAGAAAACGGUGCAGGAAUUUUGACUUCCGAAGAUUGUUCUUUUCUUGAGAAGUAAAAACUUGAAGGUAAAUGUUUACCAUCAGCAAAGCAGCUCUGCAAACAAAGAGCUGAUUCAUUUCAACGAUGUCGGCACCAACACACACCAGCCAAAGUUCUGCUGCGUUCUCCGCAGCGUGUCUGUGUUCAUUUAUGGUCCAGUGUGAGGCGUUUAUUACAAAAACGUGAUAAUAAAGCUUUUUGAUACAGAUCUGAA